AUGGGAACCGAGCGGCACCUAGCUACAGCCAUGCUGUUUCUCGUAGCCCUCUCCGUGUGCCUCUGGUUGGACGUGAAAACCGCAACGGACCUGCUUGUAUCGGGUACGAGGGCGUUCGUGCAGCUGACAGCCGUUGGAUUGGGGCUCAAAUACAUCUUCACCGUUGACAGCGCGCAUCCCGUCUUUGCUGCCGUGGCAGUCAUGAUCGUGAUAGCAGCCUACACAGCCUCCCGGAGAGCCAAGUCAGUGCCACGAGGCUUCUGGGUGGCGCUGGUGGCGGUGGCUACUGGCACUGUCACUGCGCUCUCUCUCCUCGUUAGCUUGCAGGUGGUUCGGCUGCGGCCGCGGUUUGUGAUUCCCAUCGGGGGCAUUGUGGUGGGCAGCAGCAUGACCAUUGCAGCCAACACCAUGCAGCGACUCGCAGACGACUUCCAGCAGAGGAGGGGGCAGCUUGAGGCAGCAUUGGCCCUGGACGCAAGCCAAUGGGAGGCCUCCCUUCCCCUCAUCAAACGGGCAGUAGCCGUGGGAUUCGGCCCCACUACAGACUACACCAAGACCGUGGGGAUAAUUCAGCUGCCAGGCUCCAUGACUGGGAUGAUCAUGGGGGGAGCAUCUCCCCAAGAAGCGUGA